AUGGAAACCCGCGCCCUCCACCACCUCGUGCGCCGCGCACCGCGCCUCCUCGUCCUCCCUCGCCAUACCUGCCACCACAGCACCAACACACCCAACACACCCAACACACCCAGCAGCACCUCCAGCUCCCCCGAAUGGCCCCAAGCCAAACCCCUCGGCCCUUACUACGACUCCCUCCUCACCCACCCCCUCUCCAGCGCCUUCACCUCCGACCCUCAUCCUCCCCCGCCUCCAACUUCCCCUCCCAAGUCCGCAAAAGAAGAGAACAUAGCCCGCGCCCGCGUCGUCUUCGGAUCACGCUUGGCAGGGCCAGCGGAACGCCGCGCUGAAUUGGCUAGCAAGAGCGAACUAGUGGCGGGUGUGUGGGUGCCGCCGCGCCCGGAGGAGCCGGAUAACUGCUGUAUGAGCGGGUGUGUGAAUUGUGUGUGGGAUCGGUUUGGGGAGGAAGUGGAGGAGUGGGCUGCUGCGAGGGCGAGGGCAGAGAGGGCGGUGGGGGGGAGGUGGGCGUUGAUAUGA